AUGAGUGACAAUGCCACGUACCGAGACGAGGAGUUAUCGUCGAGCUAUCUGGAAAUUGGCCAGUCUAUGAGAAGCGCUGCUAUUUUGGUCUUGCUCGCGCCCGUCGUAUCAGCCUUGCUCUGGUAUGGAGUCCAGUACUCCUCAUCACCGCUCAAGAGGUACCCUGGACCGUUCUUAGGAGCAUGGACCAACUUCUACCGCAUGUACUAUGCGUACACGGGCAAGAUGCACCUCGUCAGUAAGAAGCUGCACGAGCAGUACGGCCCCGUCGUUCGUAUGGGCCCCAACUACCUCGACGUCGACUACUCCUCCCUCAUCAAGACCUGCUUCGACGUGCAGGGCGUGUGGCAAAAGACGGAGUGGCAUGCCGUCAGUGGCGCCAUGGUCGACGGCAAACUGUUCUUCAAUAUCUUCUCCGAGGUGCGUGCUGCCGAGCAUGCCAGGAUCAAGAAGCCCAUCGCCAAGUACUUUUCCGCAGCCGGCGUGGCUCAGUUCGAACCGCACGUGGAUGCCGUGCUGGCGUCCUUGGUGCGAGUUUUCGACGAGCGCUUUGCGGCCGAGGAUGGAUACGGCGAAGCAUUCGACUUUAGCUCCUGGAUGAAUUACUAUGCUUGGGACGCUGUGGCCAAGACUACGUGGAGUCAACGAGUUGGGUACCUCGAAAAGGGGCAUGAUUUCGACGGAUCCCUCCGCACGUCGGAAAAGGCCAUGGACUACCUCGUCACAGUGGGUAUGAACCCAAAGCUCGACAAGCUGUUUGACAAGAAUCCUGUGUAUCGCAUCGGCCCUCCCACCUUUGGUGCGAUCACCAACCUGGGCCUGGGCCAUCUCAUGGGUCGCAUGAAGGGCGAGGACAAGCAUGAUCCCGCCAAGCCGGACUUUCUCGACUGCUACCUGGAAGCGCAGCAGAAGCAUCCCGAGAUUGUCGAUGUGUAUCGGAUUCUCUCAUACAUGCUUGUCAACAUUGCCGCUGGGGCGGACACGACAGCGUGCAGCCUCCGUUCCGUAUUCUACCUGAUGCUGAAGCACCCCCAGGUUUACAAGCGCUUGGAGAAGGAGAUUCUGAAUGCAAGCUUCUCGACGCUUCCCACGCCCUAUGCAGAAGCACGACAGCUACCAUAUCUCGAGGCGGUGAGCCGCGAGUGUUUCCGCUGCCUGCCAGGCAACUGCAUGCCGCAAGAGCGCUAUGUGCCUGAGGGGGGGUUGACGCUCCCAGACGGGUCCUUUGUGCCCCGGGGCACAGCCGUUGGCUUCAACGCAUACGUGCUGCACCGCAACAAGGAAGUCUGGGGCCCCGACGCGGAGGAAUUCAGGCCUGAGAGGUGGCUUCAAGGUGACGCCGAGUCCGACGACGCAUUCGCGCAGCGCAUGCAGAGGCUGAACAAUGCGGAUCUGUCGUUUGGCGCGGGCUCGAGGAAAUGCAUGGGGAUGAACCUGGGCAGGUUGGAGGUCUGCAAGACGGUCGCGACGAUGAUACGCAUCUUCGAGUUUGAGCUUGCAGAUGCGGACAAGGAGUGGUCGAUCCACAACAGUAUCUUCCCACGACAAUCAGGCGUGGAACUGAGACUGAAGCGGAGAGACGAUAUGAGAAGAGUCAUCGCGGACCUGGACGCGACAUAUUGA